CAUAUAUUACACUUCCGGUGCACCACUUCCGGUGUAGCAGACAUGUCCUCUACGGAGCCUGUGACCGCGCCUGCUCGUACCCCGAUGUUCGGUAACUGCUGGAGCUGUCGGGUACUGUGCGGUUCCGGGCUUAUAGGUGCCGGCGGUUACGUGUACAUGGCGGCUCGGAAAGGUGUGCAGAGAGGCGGCCCGACCAGCAUGGGGACCGUGGCACAAAUCGUGUUUGCUUUGUCAAUAGCAGCCUGGGGAAUCACCAUAUUGGUAGAUCCAGUGGGAAAAGCAAAACGUAAAGACGCCUGAGAUCUCUUCCUCGUGAAACCAAAGCACUGACUUGCCGGGUCUGUGACGGAUAAAGCGACCUGAGAUGAAACUAUUGUUGUAUUACGGACUUUAAAUAAAGCUGCGAAUACGGAUCUGUCAA